CAAUCUUUAAUCUGUGGUACCUACGAACUACAAAACAAAGGUCCAAAGGUUUUUUAUAUAUUUUUCUAUAGAUUCAAGAUUUUAAAUUUUUUAAUAUAAUUUUUAAAAUGUUAAGUUUACUGUGUAGAACAGCUAAUAAGCUUGGUCCAACAAAACCACAUUCAAGAUGCAUAGCCUCUCUUUCGGCCCUUCCUGAAACAUAUCAGAUGUUGUACAAAACCUGCAGAGAUUUUGCAGAGCAAGAACUCAAACCGAAUGCUGCUAAUUUUGACCGAAAUCACUUAUAUCCUGGCGAUGCUAUUAAGAAAAUGGGUGAACUUGGUUUAAUGGCAAUAGCUACACCAGAACAGUUUGGAGGAACAGGACUUGACUAUUUAGCUUACGCGAUAGCGUUAGAGGAAAUAUCUAGAGGCUGUGCAUCUGCUGGGGUCAUUAUGUCAGUAAAUAAUUCUCUUUACUUAGGGCCCGUGAACCACUGGGGUACUGACAAACAAAAGAAAGAGUUUGUCACACCUUUUUGCACUGGGGACCAAGUUGGAUGUUUUGCUCUCUCUGAGCCAGGGAAUGGAUCAGAUGCUGGCGCCGCAUCUACAACCGCUAAAACAAGUGGUGACAAAUGGGUUCUUAAUGGUACCAAAUGUUGGAUAACUAAUGGUUACGAGAGCAAAGCUUCUGUCGUGUUUGCCACUACAGACAAAAACCUAAAACACAAGGGCAUCUCUGCAUUCAUUGUACCUAAACCUAUAAAUGGGUUGGAAUUGGGUAAGAAAGAAGAUAAAUUAGGUAUCAGAGGAUCAUCUACCUGUUCCCUCAUAUUCGAGGACUGCGAGAUUCCGAAAGAGAAUAUCUUGGGUGAGCCUGGAUUAGGGUUUAAAAUUGCUAUGAUGACGUUAGAUGCAGGUAGAAUUGGUAUUGCAUCACAAGCAUUAGGCAUAGCACAGGCAUCAUUAGAUGUGUCUGUAGAAUAUGCUUCCAAAAGGAUGGCAUUUGGCAAGCCAAUCAUGAAGCUACAAGCGAUACAAAACAAGUUGGCAGAUAUGGCUAUGCGGCUGGAGUCAGCUAGGCUUCUAACAUGGCGCGCAGCUUGGCUCAAAGACAACAAAAAACCUUUCACCAAGGAGGCAGCUAUGGCUAAACUAGCAGCAUCAGAGGCAGCAACAUUUUUAUCACAUCAAUGUAUACAGAUUCUUGGUGGUAUGGGCUAUGUAUCAGACAUGCCUGCAGAGAGACACUACAGGGAUGCUAGAAUUACCGAGAUCUAUGAAGGUACUUCAGAAAUUCAGAGAUUAGUAAUUGCCGGACAAAUUAUCAAAGAAUAUGGCGUAUAAUGAAUAAUAGCUAUCAUGUUUUACAAUAUAGACUGAUUUUAUAUUAAAAAAUAUUUAAAAAGUGUGUUCAGCACAAAAUAUUGUAUAGAAAUGUACAAUUCUUAUGUAAGAUAAAUGAAUUAAUGUAAGUUCUUUACUCAUAUUAUGGUUUGUAUUGUAUUGUAUUUUUGAUAUAAGUAUUAUUUGAUUAAAGUUAUUCAUGUAUUGAUGCUACAGAAAAUGUUAUU